AUGCGUAAUUUUUUUAUUUUGUUUAGUAAACAUGUUUGCAUAAUAUUUAGGUAUAUAUAAAGUUGCCAGCAACUAAAUCUUUCAUUUAUUUUUUGGAUCUAUUUCAAACGGGUUGAGAUGAAAUCGAUUAUUUUUAUUUUUGCUUCACUACUCUUGGUGAACACUGCUUUAGCAGAUGGUCUAGUUAAAAUACCUAAAGUAUGUGAAGACGUGCUUCCAGCUGAUACUUGCAACAAACUCAGAGGUAUUGCAACAAAAUUCCAUGAACAAGUAGAUAUUGUAAAUCAAGCUGUUGUCGACGCUUUCAACCUCCACAUAACUAAGACUGCUGAAGUAUUAGCUUAUGUAAAAGAAUAUCUAGUCGAUAAUGCUAAAGACUUUGUAUGCAAAGAGGUCCUCCCCGAAGAAAGCUGCAAAAAGAUUGGUGAUUUUGUUACUGCUGCACAUCUUCAAGUGUCUGAAGUCAGCCGGGCUGUUCGUGAAGCAAUCGUUAAUGGAGCUCAAAAUGCCGCAGAUUUGUAUAAUAAUGCCAUUUCUUAUUUGACAAAUCUUGUCUCCUGUGAAAAUGUGUUUGACGUAAAGACCUGCGAUAUACUUGACAGAGCGGUUAAAUCAUUCCACGAAAAUAAAAAUAUGGUGAAAGAUGCCAUUGUCCUAGCAAUUAAAAACAAUUUGAAACAGACAAAUGAAAUUCUUCAGUAUGUCAAAGAUUAUCUUGUCAGCAAAGCCACCAACUUUACAUGCAAUAGUGUAAUUACCCAAGAUUUUUGCGACAAAAUAUUUUCUAUCGGUAAAAAUUUAAAACUCACAACAAACGCAAUUCAAGAGGCUCUAUUAGAUGCAAUCGUUAACGGGGCAGUUAAAGCGCAAGACAUCUUUCAUCAAACCCUUGGUUUUUUACUAAACGAUGUAAAAAAUUUAACUUGCAAAGACCUUGUCGACUCAAACAUUUGCAAUAAAGUUGAAGAAUAUGCUAAAAAGCUUCACAUGUCUGUUAAAGAUACAACUCAAGCAAUAAAAGAAGCCAUUAUAGAAGGAGCAAGCAACGCCAAGGAUUUGUACGAUAAAUCCGUCGAGUUUCUUAAAGCACAAUUCUCUUGCGUUCGAGUCUUCCAACAAACAUUUUGUGAUAAAGUCCAAAAACUUGCCGAUAGGUUUACGGUUCCGUUAGUGCAGGUUAACAACUUUAUCCGCAACGCUGUUGCAAAUGGUAUAAGUAAUGCAAUUGAUCUUUACAAACUAAUUGUUAAAUUUAUUUUGGAACGAUGGAACAAUAAUAAUGGAGAUAACUUAUACAAAAGAAGCAUAGAUCAAGAUGAAGUCACAGCUAAAAUAAUUGAAGCGGUUGAAAUGUACAUGGAUGCUACUAACUCUUUUUAAUCAUUUUCGUUAGUAUCAUUAAUCGAUUCGUUACACGUUUGAAUGUAAAUUAAAUGACAUUAUACAAAAAAGUAAUUUGUUAA